UACCAGUCAGUGCCACCAUAUCAAUGCCAAUCAGUUGCCAUUUAUCAGUGCUAGUCAGUGUCACUAUCAGAGCCAGUCAGUGCCGCCUAUUCAGUGCGCAUCAGUGUCCACCUAUCAGUGCCCACCUCAGUGCCGCCUAUCAGUGCCAGUCAAUGCCACCAUAACAGUGCCAGUCCAGUGCCGCCUAUCAGUGCCAGUCAGUGCUGCCUAUCAGUGCCGCCUAUCAUUGCCAUAUAUGAGUGCUGCCUUUCAAGUGCCCAUCAGUGAUG